AUGUACUUAGAUAUUGUUAUUAAUGCCGGUACACUAUCUAGUGAAGCCAGCUCACUAGCCAGUAAACUAGGUACUGCUGAUCAAGCUACUCAAACUGCUAUUACUGCCGCUAAAAAACUUGUCGAAGCCCUGCAAAAAGCCGCUAGUAAAGCUGGUCCUAGUGAUAAGGGUCUUAAAGAGUUACUCGGAGAUCUUAGUACUGCUUCUGAUGAUGUAGUUGCUAAGGCCAAAGGUGUCCUCGCAAAAUACAAAGAGGUAGAGAGUGCAUACGACGCUGUGAAGGCAGAUAACACUGCUAAUACCAAAAAUGAAUUUAACCAAGUUCAAACUGCAUUCAAUGAACUUCAGAAAGCAACAUACGAAGGCACCGACCCCAACAAAAACGAAGCCAAACCCGAAGACAGACGCUCUAAGUUCUAUUGGAUCAUAGUUCCUUCCAUGGUUACUCAGUGGUUAAAUUUUCUCACCUAUGUAAUCCUAUUGAUUGUAUAUGUUAUUGGGUGGUGA